AUGGUUAAAAUAGAAAAACUUAAAGAUGAGUUUUGUUCGAAAAUUUAUGAUUUUUCCGCUGAAAAUUUUAUAGAAGAAUUAAUAACGAAUGGAAAUAAAAUCAAUUGUGAUGAAACAUCAACAUCUUUUAAUAAAAAUAUGGGUAUACCUUGGUUUUACAACGAAAAAUUGUUUAAGAGGAGUUGGAAGUCUCUUUUAGAAGUACGAAACAAGCAUAAAAUAGCCAGUAAGCGUUCUUGUGCCGCUGGGCUUAAAGGAAUUACCCAGUACCAAAUGGCUUUAACACAGUUUGGUUUUAUGGGAAUGGCUUUAACAAAAAAAGAAAAUGUUGGAAUACAUGAAGCAACUGAGGAAGAAUGGAAAUCGUUUAUACAUGUUUGGAGGGUUUUUGGACAUGUAAUGGGAAUUGAAGACAGGUAG